CUUUAAGCAGAAUGUUUACAAAGAAAGCCAGCACUCGACAAAUGCAUGUUGAAGGAGGUGACUUAGAUAACACUGGAUUCUUCGAAGACUUAAGGCAAAAUAAUAAAUAAUAUUUCUAAACCACAGAAUAUUGGUGCCUCCUCUGGACUUUAUAGCACUAAUUUUGCAGAGAAUACUCAGGUUUAUGACUCUUUCCAAACAUUUGGCAAAGGCAAAAGUGUCCCAGGACUCGAAGGUAAUUAAGACUUUAAUUGGGCACCAUUAUAAACCGAAUUUUGUAAAUAAUCCUUCAUCAGAGAAUAGGUAUCUGACUCUAGCUAAUUUGGAUUUAAUUUCUUGGAGUAUUGCCUAACGAAUAGCUCAAUUAAAAAAACGCAUCAAUAAAAAUAUAGACAUGAAAGGUAUGAAAUUAUGCUCUCAUAACUCCUUAGAUCAAGAAGAAGGCUCUAUGGGACAUUCUUCAGUAGUGUCUCCUACUGAAGAAAGUCUGAGAUACACCAGCCUUCCACAAGUCAGAAUCCCUAGAUUCAAUCAAAAACCAUCUUAUGUAAAAGCUGAAGAACCAAUUCCAAGUUAUAAAUCAAAGGUUGGUUAUGGUGUUUGGGGGAAAGAGCUCCAGAAAAUGAGAAAUUUUAAACAGAAAAAUCAAGUCAAAAUUUUCGAAAAUAAUAGAUAUUCUUGAGGAAAUCCUCCUGCAAACUAUCAGCAUUUGCAGAUGAAGGAUAUGAAAAAUGUGCCAAAAACAAGUAAAAAGCAUGAAAGAGUGGACUUCAGUCAAAAUUUGGCCAAAUCAAGAUCGGGUGUCAGAAAGCCUCAAUAUAUUGGAGAGCUUAAGGAAGGCAUGAAGAACGGAUAUGGCCUCUGGCUUGAAUCCAAAGAUGACCCUCACAGCAACCAAUACCGUGGCGAGUUCAUGAACGAUAAAUAAAUGUGGCUACGGUGUCUUCAAAUGGGCAUCAGGCAACUACUACAAAGGAAACUUCAAAAAUGAUGAAAGGGACGGAUAUGGUGAAAUGUACUGGAAUGAUGGAAGUGCGUAUAAAGGACAUUGGCACAAUGGAAUCCAACAUGGCUUCGGGACUAUGAUUUUCUCAGAUAAGACUUUUAUUAAAGGAUACUUUAAGAAUAAUGUCUAUUUAAACGCUGAUAUGAUCAAAGAUAAGUCACAGAAGUUAUCAUUAGGCCGUCCUGAGCUUGAAGCUCAAGUUUCGAACUUACCUGUUAUACUGCCUACUUCAUAUAAAUCUCCUAAAGAUUUUCAAAACUCUUCAAGAUUAGAAGAAAUUAUUGAAAAGAGUACAAUUUCCCACGACUUUAAUGAGCGUAAAUAAAUCAGCAGCUAAUUUUAAUCCUUCAGCGAGAAGCUUUUGGAUAGGUUCUUCCAGGAUGGCAAACUCAAAGAGACCUAAAAAGUCAAGGAAACACAAAUCAAACCAAAUAAGAAGACGGACGAGAAAAAGGAAUGCCAGAAGUCAAAGCAAGCCUAAUAAGAAUUUAGUCGUCGACCUUAAUCUUUUCCCAGACCGACCUAUUGAGACAGAAGAUGUAUGUGUUCAUGGAAAGCAGUUCAACUCUACUUUCAAGAGGAAAGUGCAUAAGAUAGCUCUCAAUAUUCAUUCUAGAGAUAGCUAAGAAUGAG